AUGGCACCCCCUCGCAGAAAAGUGUUGGCGACAGCCGAGGAAACCAUGUUCCCACCGGACGAGCUGGCCGCAACCCAGCAGAUCGUGCGGGCAAUCAAGGCCACCGGCAACAACAUCUACUUGAUUGAAAUGGCCGAUAAAACCCAGAUCCUCGUGGAGCUGCCAGCACGGUUCCGGUCGACCUUCUGGAUCAAACGCGGAUCCUACGUCGUCAUCGAUACCAAAGUGCAGGAAGAGCGGGACAACAAGAUUGGGGGAGAGAUUAUCAACAUUGUUCGGGAUGAGAAGGCGUGGAGAAAGGCUCCCUUUUGGCCCAAGGAAUUCGUGAAACAGCCCGUCGCCGUCGCCGACUCAGAUUCAGACUCAGAAGAAGAGUCCCGAGUGGGUAUGAUGCCUUCCUCCGACGAGUCCGAUGCAUGA